CGUGCGAUUGCUGCUUGCUGCGUUGCGUAGUUUCGCAAGAAUUUAUUUAGUUUUUAAAUACCUUUAAAAAAGUUAAACAUGAACAAGGCGUGGUAUAUGGACGACGAGACAAGUGAUCAACGCUUAGAACACCACAGGAACCCACCAGAGUUCAUCUCUCUCGACGAAUUGUACAAGAAAACCGGUGUGGAAAUAUUCGUCCUGAAUGUGGACACCUACGCUACAGAUGGUGUGUUCGACAAAAUCAAGAAGGACCGAGGCUACACCUACGAAGAUGAGCUGGUGUGCUCCAAGGAAUGCUUCGGGCAAGCAUACGAAGAGAAAUUGAAGUCAUUCUACACCGAACAUAUUCACACUGAUGAAGAAAUCAGGUUCGUCCUGGAAGGCUCUGGGUACUUCGACGUGCGCGACGACAAAGACCAGUGGAUCCGCAUCCUGGUGACUCCUGGCGACCUGGUGGUGCUGCCUAAAGCCAUCUACCAUCGGUUCACUCUUGACACCAAGAACCACAUCAAAGUGAAGCGGCUGUUCAUCGGGACACCAGUGUGGCAGGCCUACAACCGGCCGGCGGACGACAUGGAUUGCCGCCGCGUGUACGUGUCUCAGCAGCGCCAGGGCUUUGCCACCGCCUUCUGACCUCACGAUGUAAACACAGUUCAACAGAUCAUAAAGGCUACCGUAUUUGCUCACUGGUUGGCGCCACUUAGGACCUUUCCCGCGGCAAUCCUUAUGGAUUAAUGGCAUUAAGUUCGCCUAAUGUUAAAAUUUUGGCAUUAAAGUAUAAAUAAAUAAAUCCUGCAUUACUGGACUUGUGUGUUUACACUAGUAACACAAUACUUGUAAUUAAACUGGAUCCAAUUUUCACUCGUCCAGUUAAAUGACAAAACCAAAUUGCAAACGGGAUGUUCGUGUCAAUUUUUAGUAUUAAAACACGUACACUACUAAACGAGAUUCUGCAAAAAACUGGAUGUCUCCGUGGGAGAAUUUGCUUACCCGGUGGCGCCACUUUAGAGUAAGAUCAUGUCACUCGCUAGGAGCGCCAACUGAUGAGCACUGAAGCGGGAGGACUAUCGCAUUUACACUCUAAGCCACUGUAGAGAGUGAAGCCUUAUCUCGCCAGUGUUGCCAACUAGUAAGCAUAAAAUACGGUAGCCCUUAUUUCGCUCACAAAUAAGGCCAAUUAAAGCCGAUACCUAAUGUCUAUGCCUCUUGAUGUAUUGGUAUUGAACAGACAAUAUCCAGCAAAACUAUGUGCUUGUGAUAGGUAAAUUCCAUUAAACACGGCGACUUAUUGCAGCAAUGCUAUCGUGGUACAAUCGCUGCUGUUUGUAAUGGCAGCUAGAGCUAUACAAUCGCAAUACAUACGUUAUUAAGAAUACUAGAGCGUUUCUCUAUCGAUUCUAAAGUUAAACAGCUACAACUUCAAAAGUUGAGUCAUUUUAUAAAACGUCACUUGCAACGCGUUUCAAACCGGUUUCAAACUGGUCUCGUCAUAUUGUGUGGUCUCAACGGACGCUGUGGCAGAAACUUAGAUGCAACUCAAAAGUAACUAGUAGUUGCAGUUUCGUUGCAGUUGCGUUUCACCGUGUGUUCUGGGCCUUAUACUUGGGCUAUGGGCGUGUUAUACAAACAUUUUUACCGUCAAUUAAAAUAAACUAACGACUUAACCAAAAUUUUAAUAUUCCACAAUAUUCUUAAGAUAAGCUAUAGUAUAUGUAAAAGCAAAUGAUGUGAUUAUAAAUACUCUAUUCUGCAAUUUAUAUUAGGAUGAAAUUCAUAUAAUGAUAGUUUGUA